UCCCUCCUCUUAUCCUCCCUUCUCUUUUUAAGCAUCCCCUCCUCCUCUCUCCGUUGGUGCAGUCCUUUCCUUCUUCUCUGCCUCUUCCAUUGGCACUUCCUUCGCCCGUGCUCUGAGAACAGAGCUAAGGCAAUGGAGAAUGAGAUGAAAUCGAAUAUGGAGCCAAGACCUUCCCCUCAGAAGAGAGUUGGCAACUUUCUUAUCGCGGUCUUUGGCUGUGCCCUCCUCCUGGCCUUCUCUUACCGCCUCGUCUUCUCGGAUUCCACCGGCUUCUUAGUCUUCUCCAGCUUCCCUGCCUCAGAGAUACCUAUAGAUAAAGAUCCCCCUUCAAAGGAGAGCACAGAUGCCAUAUAUACUCGACUUCCACAAAUGGCAUUGAAUUUAACAAAGGGGGAUUCGCUGAAAGAACAAUGUGACCUAUUUUCUGGGGAGUGGAUUCAUUCUUCGGGACCGCCUUACACCAAUUCAAGCUGCAGAUAUAUAGGUUCAUAUCAAGAUUGUUUGACAAAUGGUCGGCCAGACAGAGGAUACCUUUACUGGAGAUGGAAACCUUAUGGUUGUGACUUGCCCCCCUUCGAUGCAGAGAAAUUCUUGAAAUCCCUGCAAAAUAAAUCUUGGGCAUUUGUUGGUGAUUCAAUUCUCCGCAAUCAGAUCGAGUCAUUGCUGUGCCUUCUUUCUCAGGUGGAAGAAGGUGAGGAGAUCUACCAUGAUGAAACAUUUCAAUCCAAGACAUGGUACUUCUCGUCCCACAACUUCACCCUUGCAUUGAUCUGGGCUCCUUAUCUGAUCAAAGCUGAGAUGAAAAAUUCAGGCCACUCAAAUGAUGGUAUCCAGCUUCAUCUCGAUGCCCUCGACGACGCAUGGACAAGCCAAUAUAGUAAGCAUGACUACGUACUCAUUUCUGGUGGACAAUGGUUCCUCAAAACAACUAUUUUCUUGGAGAAUGGCUCCAUCAUUGGCUGCCACAACUGCCAAGAGAAUAACAUAAGAGAACUUGGAACGGACUACUCUUAUCAGAAAGCCCUUGAACUGGUUUUCGGCUUCAUCACCACAUCCCAUCACAAGCCGCUCGUUGUCUUGAGGACUUGGACGCCGGACCACUUCGAGUAUGGGGAGUGGUACAAUGGAGGGGUCUGCAACAGGACAGAACCUUACAAAGAAGGUGAGUUCGGUGGUGAUCCGAUCGACCAAGUGAUGCGAGGCCUGGAAAUAGAGGAGUUCGAGAAGGCGGUGGCGGAUGGAUCGGAGCAUGGGACUCGCCUGAAGCUCCUCGACACCUACCAUCUUUCGCUGCUGAGGCCUGAUGGACAUCCAGGACCUUACAGGAAGCUCCACCCUGAUAUCAGCAAGAGACCCCAGAAUGACUGCCUUCAUUGGUGCUUGCCUGGACCAGCAGACACCUGGAACGAUUUACUAAUGGAGAUUGUGGUUAACGAGGGAGACCAGAGGUAUUCGUUCUCUCAGUAUAUAUACGAGCAUAAGGAAUAAGCCGACAAGUCACCGGAUCGGAGGACAGAGUUUGUGAUCUUGUUUUACACAUAUUAAUCUUUUGCGUCUCGUUUAUCAGAACCAGUUCUGUCGAUUCUAUGCGGUCAUGUUUUAUUAUAUUGAUAAGCUUGUGAUGUUAUAUUUUUAUCUUUUGGAUCUGUUCUGUUCGUUUUAUGGAGUACUUGGAGC